ACAUAUUAAAUCGAGUCUUUAAAUACUACGUUGACGUCCUCAAAUAAAGUUAUUGAACACAUACACUAUUGCACUUUUGAAGAGUCUUAUUUUUAAGUGUUUGGGAUAAAAGCUCAUUCACACACACACACGCCGAGACAGAGAGAGAGAGAUCAUCAGCAUAAAUGUGGAUGAUGGGAUUUAACAAUGAUGAUGGGGACUCCAAUUUGCCUGAUUCAUUCAACAUCCCAAUGUUUCCUCCUCUCUUAACAAAGCCUGCAACUACUACUACUGCUAACAGCAACAACAAUACCGCCAUUACAAACCCUAUUUGUUUAAGUCGCACCAAUUAUGGGACUGAUCUUCUUGCACUCAAUCACCAUCUGGCAACUGUGGCUGAGCAAAGUAAGAGAGACUACUUGGUUAACACACAACAGGUUGUGGUGAGCUCCCGCUGGAAUCCAACAGCAGAGCAGUUACAAGCCCUUGAAGGAUUGUAUCAACGCGGGACUCGGACGCCAUCUGCUGAGCAGAUUCAGCACAUCACUCAACAGCUUCGUCGGUAUGGCAAGAUUGAAGGCAAGAAUGUCUUCUACUGGUUCCAAAAUCACAAGGCCAGAGAUCGCCAGAAACGUCGUCGCCAACUUCAAUCAAGUAAUUUCCAAUGCACCCAAAGGAAAGGGACAGGUAGGUCAGGUUAUGUCGAACAGACUAAGAAUUGGGAAACCCCUGCAAACUGCUGUACAUUCACAGAGACUGUUCCGAAACAAAGGACAGCAGAGCCAAAAUAUAGAACAGAAGGAUGGAUACAAUUCGAUGAGGAGAGAGAAUUAGAGCAGAGAAAGAGCUUGGUAGAAAGGAAUGCCACGUGGCGGACGAUGCAGUUGUCUUGUUCAUCACCUCACAGCUGCCACCUCACAAACAGUACUAGUAAUGCUAGUGGUACAACCCCAUCAACCUCAGGAUCAAUGGACACAGAGCCCACAAGGGUUCAAAAUCUGAACAUCUUCAUAUCACCCUACACAGAAGAUCCUAGCCAUGAAGAUGAAGGCUAUGAGGAUUCUCAGACCCUCCAACUGUUUCCCAUUGGGAGAGAGGAGGAGUCCGAGAUGUCGGUCGCAGCCAUGAAUGCCGACUUCACUCCAUACCAGUUCUUUGAGUUCCUCCCAUUGAAGAAUUGAAGGCAAAACUGACUGAUUCAGAAGCAUUGGAUGGGAUUUGAUAACUUUACCAUAUAUGGAAAUAGUAGUGAUAUUUGGACCAAAGUGUUAAAAUAAAUUGUUUCAUCUAUAACUUUUGAUUGGUCUGUUUAGAUUUUGUUUUAUUGUUGGAAAUGUCGGGCGUAUUUAAUGUUCUUGAUGUUGUAAUAUUUCAUAGGGUAUGCAACAGUAAAUUUUGGGUAUUACCUAAGAUCACCUUAAAUUGCACCUGGAA